GCAGCCCUGAAUACACCUUCCCUUUACCCCUCUCCUGUCUACUUUCUUCACAAACAGCAGUGAAAAUGGCCUCUGGAAUAGCAGUCCAUGACGACGUUGUGCUAACAUUCGACAAGAUCAGAGUUCGUCUCCAGGGGGCCGACAAGCAGGAACAGCUGAAGCUUGUGCUCUUCAAAAUCAGCGACGAUGGCAAAUGUAUCAUUGUGGAUGAGGAAAACUGUCUGAAGGUCAAACACCUGGAAAAUGAGGAUGACAUAUUCAAGAAGAUUGUCAGCGUCAUGCCGAAGGAGGACUGCCGUUAUGCCCUCUAUGACUGUUCCUGGGAGAGCAAGGACAGCCCCAAGGAAGACCUGGUCUUCAUCAUGUGGGCCCCAGAAAACUCAUCCAUCAAAAAGAAAAUGAAAUAUGCCAGCUCAAAGCAAUACAUUAAAGCAAAGUUCCAAGGUCUGAAGUUUGAAUGGCAGGUGAACGACAUGUCAGAUGCCAGAGAUAACUCCGUCUUCAUUGAGAAACUGGGAGGGAGAGGAGUUGUUAGAAAACUGGAGGGGAAAGAGGUCUAAGAUCUUGAGUCCUGCUCACAGCUGUACAACCCGGAAGCUAAACCAGACCUGGGUUCAAAUACUGUUAGAAAUAUUUCAGAUACUCUCAGUGUGUUUAAGUUUGCUAGUAGCAACUUCCCCGCUCAAUUUUGUGCAAAUAUGUAAGUGCUUGAACCCAGGUCUGUUCAAAACACCAAUUGCCCAAUACCUUGGUGUCCUAUUGAACUGUCCAACAACAAUUUCAUUGUUGGUUUGCUCUCUAUAGAAACAUUGACACUGUUGUAACUCGUAAUGUUGACAGAUUUAGGUUUAGGAGUCAUACGAAUGCACAGUAAUUUACUUGUUGAUUUGGAUACUUGGCGUAAAUGUAUAAAUCCUGUGUCUAUUGACCCCAUACCACAUACAUUAUAGGAUUAUAGGCAUGCAUGACAUCACAUCUUUCUUAUUUGCUGAUGUUUUUGUUUAAAUAUGAAUAUCUGAAUAUCUAUCAGACCUCCACAGGAUUUUGAUGUCAGAAGCCCCACCCCUCCAUAAUAAAGUGUCUUGGAUAUUUUA